CAGCAUACACAAACUUACCUAUCCCUCAUCCACCCAAAAUCAUCACAAUCAUGCACCCAAAAGCUCCUUCUUUCGACUCCCUCCCUCUCGAAAAAGAUGGACCACGAGGCAAUGCAUGGGGCCUCUACGGCACCAUAGACGAGCUCGGAAUGCUCAACCGCCUCACCCCCGAAAAUACCCUCGCCGCCAUGAAAGAAGCCGUGCACGGAAUCCGUAUAUCGACAGACUCGCCUCUCGAUCGACCCAAACAUAUCCAUCACAAACAUCCAAGGACAGUCAAUGAUGAUAUUUUGACUUUGAAUACCCAAUCCAGUUCGCAGUGGGAUGGAUUCCGGCAUUUCGGAUACCAAGAUCACAAGGACUAUUUCAACGGGUGCCAACAGAAAGAUAUCCAAAACUCCACGAGAAACGGCACUCACACCUGGGUCGACCACGGCGGCAUCGUCGGCCGCGGCGUCCUCCUCGACUACUUCACCUGGGCCACCUCCCGCAACACCACACCCCCCACCCCACUCUCCAGCACCGAAAUCACCGUAGCAGACCUGCUCGCCGGCUACGUGUCCGCCCUAGACGCCCUGUCCGCGAGCGAGGCCGAAGCGUACGCGGCCACGCAGCCGCAUCCCGCUAUCGGGCUCCGGAGCUGUGAGGAGAGCUUGCGGUGGAUUUGGGAGAGCGGGUUUGCGGCGAUGGCGGGGGAUAUGCCGGCGUUUGAAGCGUUGCCGUUUCAGAGUACAGAGUAUUGGAUGCACGAGUGGAUGCUUGCGCGGUGGGGGUUGCCGAUUGGGGAGUUAUUUGAUUUGGAGAGGUUGGCGGAGGAGUGUAGACGGGUGGAGAAGUGGAGUUUUUUCUUUAGUAGUGUUCCUUUGAAGGUUCCGGGUGGUGUGGCUAGUCCUCCAACUGGGGUGGCAAUCUUGUGA